AAGGGGCGGGGCUUGGCGUCUCCCUCGGCGCGUCCCCGGCCAAGGAUGCGGCUGCGUUUCCCGCGGGCGGGGCUGUCGCUGCUGCUGCUGCUGGAAAUCGGGGUGCGCACGCUGCUCCUGGGGCUCUUCCUGUUCACAGAACUUCUGCCUCCAUUCCAGCGCGUCAUCCAGCCUGAAGAAAUGUGGCUGUAUAAAAACCCCUACAUUGAGUCGGACCAUGUGCCUGCCAAGCCCAUGUUUUUCAUUUCCUUUUUGUCCCCCCUGGUCUUGAUUCUUCUGGCCAAGUUCUUCCUGAAUGCCGACCAAGAAGAUACACGAGAAGCAUGCUUAGGUGCCAGCCUGGCUCUUACCCUGAAUGGUGUCUUCACCAAUGCUGUGAAGCUGGCCGUGGGAAGGCCACGGCCAGAUUUCUUCUACCGCUGCUUUCCAGAUGGCCGGGAAACCCUUCAGCUACUAUGCACAGGUGAUGCAGACGUGGUGACCGAAGGGCGCAAGAGUUUCCCCAGCGGACAUUCCUCAUUUGCCUUUGCAGGCUUGGCCUUUGGUUCCUUCUACAUUGCCGGGAAGCUGCGCUGCUUUGCUCCAGGUGGACAGGGCCAGUCCUGGCGCCUCUGUGCCUUCCUCGCCCCCCUCUUCGUCGCCAUGCUCAUUGCUUUGUCCCGCACCUGCGAUUACAAGCACCAUUGGCAAGAUGUGCUGGUUGGCUCCGCGAUGGGCCUUGGCUUUGCGUACUUGUGCUACAGGCAGCAUUACCCUCCGCUGACGGAUCCCGAGUGUCAUCUGCCGCUACAGCGCAAGUCUAGACUCUCCAGCGCCGAAAGGCAAAAGCUGACACUCUCUGGCUUCAGCUUAGAUGUAUAAAGUCCUAGAGGAGCCCCCUCCCUGCAUGCCCUCGGACCCAGAAGAAGGGCGCAGAGGUCCAACUUAUCCUGUGCCUGGAAGGAAGAAGUACCAGCAGUCCUUUCCUCGUGGGGUUUUGCAACAAGGAGGAGUGGGGUGAGACUUUCCUUGCAUGGCAAACAAAGGAGGCCAUCCGCCUGCUUCUCCCAGGCAACGAGAUCUAGCAUCAAAGGCUCAGGAUGAGGCUGAGCCUUUGUAGCCAUCACUUGUCAACAUUGCAGUGUCAAAAUGAUUCCUGGAGGGUCAAUCUAUAUAAAUAAAAAAAGUAAUGUUCGUUUGUAGGAUUAACAGAACUCAAAAACCACUGGACGAAUUGACACCAAAUUUGGACACAAGACACCUAACAACCCAAUGUAUGUCCUUCACUUAAAAAAAAAUGAUUUUGUCA